GCCGAGACGAGGAGUAGUGACGCCCGCGGAGACAGAAGGCGCACGCGGGGCGGAGGAGGUGUAUAAGACGCGAGGAAGCGACGCUUUGCUUUUUACUACCGAGACGUAGCCUGUCGGCGAGGGCUUCUUCUUCUUUUUCUCUUACUUAAAGGAGGAAGAAAUAAAAACGCAAGAUGGGAGUGGAAGGUGGGAUGAAGUGUAUUAAAUACCUGGUGUUUUUCUUCAACUUUAUAUUCUGGCUCUGCGGAAUUGCUCUGAUUGCCCUGGGGAUUUUCGUACAAAUCGAGCUCAAAAACACCCUGGUGAUGACCGGCCCACCAUCAGCUUCUGCUGCUCCCAUUGUCAUCCUGUCCGUGGGCGUCAUAGUAUUCUUCAUCUCCUUUUUUGGUUGUUGUGGGGCAGUGAAGGAAAACUACUGCAUGGUCACCACGUUUGCUGUGCUGUUGACUCUAAUCUUCCUGGUGGAGAUUGCAGCUGCCAUUACAGGAUACAUCUUUAAGGACAAGGUCCGAUCAGUGAUUAACGAUGAAAUCCAGGAAGAAAUGAAUACUUACAACAAUAAAUCAGUCAUUCAAAAACCUUUGGAUGACUUGCAGAAGAAAUAUUCCUGCUGCGGAGUCACCAAUUAUACUGACUGGUUUAAUGUCACACAAUUCAAGCCUGGACAUGUACCCGCCUCCUGCUGCAGGAAAGCCAUGGCCUGUACCCAAAAUCCCACUCCGGAGAAUACUUUCGAUGUGGGUUGUGUGACAAAAAUAGAAGAGUGGCUGAAGAAACACAUUGUGAUUGUGGCUGCAGUUGCGUUGGGCAUUGCCUUCUUUGAGCUCCUGGGCAUCAUUUUUGCCUGUUGUCUCAUGAAAGGAAUCCGCAGUGGCUAUGAGGUCAUGUAAUAGUUUCUGUUCCUGUACACUUGGCUGUUAUGAGGCCCAAUCACAACGCUCUGGAAUACUUUCAUCUCCACUUCUCUGGGGAUACAGUUGACCGUCAUGUGCCAAUGGGACAGGGUUGGGUGCAUGCCUCUUCUUCUGUUGCCUGUUAGGAAAAUAUAUGCUGCCCUCAAAGGAUUCACAUGUUGCCUUAUCUCUUUUCUUUCUUUCCCAUAAGGGGCAGAUUUAAAUCCAUUCCUUGCACCUCACUGCAACUCCUAGACCUUGCAUUAUCCUUCGCGUGAGACUUGUGCGCCACCUACUGGGCAUCUGGUGAUACGUUCCUAGAGCCCUUAAUAGAUGUGAACAAGUAUAUUUAAAGACCUUAUUCUACCUUUUGAGUCCUUUCAAGUAGACUGUCUUAUGUGUUCAGCUAUUUCUCUUUUCCUUUGGAAAGGUAGACUCUUCAUUCUAUAUAAUAAGAAGGAAAAUUAUCAGGGCUAAUAUUUUUAGCCAGUAAUUUGCUAUUUGGAAAAUAAAAGAUACUGUUUCACCCA